UUCAAACGCUCUCACAAGUCGACGGCAGUGGCGGAGCUGCUUAUUCCCGGCGGACCCUGAACGCAGCAUUGUGUGCAUCUUUGAACCCGCUCACCCUGCGCUCGCAUUUAGAUCAGUGGGGUUACGCGGGGAUGUCGGACGCGGCGGCCCCCGUUCGACGGCGCGCUGUCCUACAUACGCCGCGUGGUGAACUUCACCUGAACUCUGAGGCCCCGCACGCACGUCCCCGCAUUUUUGCUGCAGAACGGUACGUCCUCGCCAGCUUACCCGUGGGCAAAGUGGUCAGCUACCCACAAUUCAUUGCGUGCACGGCAUCAAGAAUGACACAAGGAUCAUCAGCCCCGUGACCCAGGUCAAAGACGAGCGAAGAAACGAAACAGGACAAGGUUUUGAUGAUUGAUGAUUGGUCGCUACGCUCGCCACAUCACCUGCCAGAAAGACGUCCGCAGAGGGUCUCGCUCGGACUGAGACUGUUGUGGUAAAACCCGACUUCUUCACUCUAAAAACAAUAUGUGGCCUGACAGUCGUCAACACGUAGAAGAAAAGUGCACGCUCGGGACAAUUUGACCUCUCGCAUUUCAUUUUGAAGGACAGGUCCCAGUCCUCUGAACGCACCGCAUGGCGGCUGAGUGACAGAACCGGCGCUAGACUUCCACGAAACGCCGAGAGCGGACCCGUCUUUUCCUGACUGGCUAAUGACUCCCCACGCUGGAUGGCCGGCGGAGGAAAACACCUGAACAAAUGACGGCCUUCCUGUCAGGUCUCAAUCCCACCAGCUGGUGUUUGUAAGAAGCAUGAUGGCGGACCAGAACAUAGCGGCCAAGCUAAAGAACCUGCUGAAACAGGAGAAGAUCCAGUUAUGGAAGCCACCUUACACUGAUGACACUGAGCAGCCUGGACAGCAGCAACUCCAGGUGCUGGCAGAACAAUACGCCCCCCUGCUGGGUCUGCCUGUGUCUGAGGUAGGGGGCGCUCUGGAGUCCAUCCGUCUCCAGGCGGUGAAGAGAGGAAAAAGAAACCAAACCUUCCGAGAAACCAACGUCGCUACGCUGGAGCUCCUCCUGCCUCGAGACUGCAAGAAGGCGUCGGCGAGCGGCAAGUCCAAGAGCUUCUUGGAGACCAAGCUGGACGUGUCGGCCCAGGAGCUGAUGGACAGGAUCGCGGAGGAGUUUGACCUCAAGUCCUUCAAACUGAUCCUCAACGGCAAAACCUUGAAUGCGGCCCAGCAUCUGGACCAGCAGGACGUGAAGAACCACAGCAAGAUCAUGGUGCUGAAGGUGAGCGACGCCGAGUUCGUGCAGCAGGCCAGCGAGGAGGCCGACAAAGUCAAGAACCAGAACGAGAGCCUGCAGCGGACCCACCGAGGGUUCCAGAUCCUGUCGGAGAGAGACGGCACUGAUGACCUUGACACGACGCCCUUCCUGGAGGUGGCUGACCAGAAGGGGAACCCUCUCAAGAUCCCUCACAAGGAGAAGAAGGCACUGAUUGUGGCCAUGGGCUUCCAUGAGAAGGGGCGUGCCCUCAUGAAGAGGAAGUGUCAUGACGACGCUCUGUGUCAUCUACUGCAGGCAGACCAUCACUUCAGUCAGUGCGGCUCCACGCUGCUGGGCUCGGUGGACAACUACGGCGUCCUGCAGCUGGACAUCGUGUGGUGCUACCAGGCCCUGGAGGCGCUGUCCUGCCUGGACGACGGGCGUGCGCGUCUGCUGCGCGCCGAGGACUGCUUCCUGCGAUGUUACGGCGAGCAGCAGCAGCGGCUGCUCAUGAUCAAGGGCAACACGGGCAGGGAGGAGGCGCUGUUUCUCCGCCUGUACCUCCUGCAGAGUCUGCUGUCCUUCGUCGAGGGCAACGACCUUCAAGCCCAGGAGCUGCUCGCUAAAGUGGAGUCUUUGUACGGACGUUUGUGUCCCGACUCGGACAAAAUGACGGAGCUGAUGCUGCUCGGCUUCAGCGAGAGAGAAGCUCGACUCAGUCUCAGGGCGUGUCAGGGCGACGUGCACGAGGCCGCCAUGCUCAUCAGCAAUCAGAGACAGGAGCGCGAGGAGCUGAAGCACAGGGAGCGUCAGAAGAGGAAGAACAUGAUGGCGGGCAUCUCCGUCCUCACAGAGGCGGGCUACUCCAAGAAGGACGCGGCCAGGGCGCUGCAACAAGCCAGCGGAAACGUGGACAAAGCCUUUGCAAUCCUGCUGGACGCCAGCCAGGCGCCUCCGGAGUCAAAUACCGACAGAGAAGAGACCGUCAGUCCAGAAUCGCUCGAGCAGAUGCUGUAUUUGGGCUUCGAGAGGACGGAGGCCGAGAUGGCGCUCGUGUUGACGGGCGGAGACGUCCAAUUAGCGACGCAGCUCCUCUUGGACAAUCAGGGCGUGGUCCCCGCCAGCGCCACGCCCCCUUCGGAGGAGGAGCCCAGCACGUCGUCCAGCUCGACAGACGACAGUGAGCUGGUCAACGAGGUCCUCGAGGACAUUUCCCGCCACGAGGACGACUACUUGGACCUGACUCUGGAGGAGGAGAGCCGGCUCAUCGCCACCAUCAAAAACUACCUGAGCCGGGAGAGCUCACAGUCGGUCUCACGGGAAUCUUUGGGCACCUAACGAUCCGAUCCAAUUCCUGGGGUGACGAUUCAAUUCAGAAUCGAUUCUGGAUUUAACACGAUUAUUUGGUAUAAUAAUUAUAAUGAAAACUAUUUCAAAACAGGUUACGGGUUAAAAAAAAAGCUAUUUCUGGUUGCAUGGAGAUGGCUUAAAACAUUAAUUUUUCUUUCAAAUGCACUAUAAGACGCACCGGAUUAUAAGGCGCACCUUCAAUGAAUGGCCUAUUUUGAAACUUUGUUCAUAUAUAAGGCGCACCGCAUUAUAAGGCGCACCUUCAAUGAAUGGCCUAUUUUGAAACUUUGUUCAUAUAUAAGGCGCACCGCAUUAUAAGGCGCAUAGAAUAGACACUACAGUAGAGGCUGGGGUUACGUUAUGCAUUCCGUAGUUGCGAGACCUGUUGUGGCUCAAUAUUGGUCCACAUAUAAGGCGCAGCGGAUUAUGAGGCGCACUGUCAGCUUUUGAGAAAAUUGGAGGUUUUUAGGUGCGCCUUAUAGUGCGGAAAAUACGGUGUAUGUAUGAAGAAAUAUAAUUUUAUAAGAAUCAAUAAAAAAUGUAUUCUUAUAAAAAAUAUAUAUUUUAAAGUAUUGAUUCUUAUAAAAAUAUACGUAUAUUUUUUUUAAUUGAUUCUUACAAGAAAUAUAUAUGUAUAUUGUCAACAAAGAAAUGUACAUACAUUUUUUUUUAUAAGAAUCAAUUAUAAAAAUAUAUAUAUUUCUAAUAAAUACAAAUAUAUUUUUUAAAAGAGAAAACUAAUUUGAAAAUGUUUUUUAAUUAUUUUUUUAUUUAAAUUGAUUUUUGAAACUUAUGAAUCGAUUUUUCUCGUUCACCCCUACUGGUUGGUGAGUAUUGAUGAUUAAGUUUAUUGUGUGAAGUUUGUGCAGCAAACUGGGGGGGGUUCGGUACUUUUGUUUCCAUGGCAACGCCAAGCGAUUGAUAAUAAAGGGCGACGAUGUCAUCUUUUGUGAAAGGAAGUGACGUCUCACCAAGGACAAUAUCAGACUUUUAUUGUGGUGAAGGCGCUGGACUUCCUGCUGGUGAGUCGAUGGCUGAGGAUUGACUGAAAAGCACGCAGGAAGUGUUUGGAUUUGAAAAGAAAAAAGUUUAAUGGUUGUUGUCUGCGUCUAGAAGUAGUUGACCACUCGGCGGAUGGACUGGAUGUUUGGGUUCUGGGCCUGCCACUCGUUGUGACUGGUGUACUGGCCGCGCUCCACCACGUACAUGCGGCCUCGGAAGUUGGGCUCCUCGUACAUCACCCAGCUGCACACAAGACGACAAUCACGUGACCGUGUGUGUGUGUGUGGUAUUUCUACCCUUCUUGAGACACCAACAAGGAAAAGUAGCUUCCAUAUGAGGAGGUGUGAACAAGUGAUGACAUAAAUCAUGGUCCCAAUAACAUUGCAUUUAAUAGAGAAUGUCUCAUUUGCACCCCCUGCUGGUGAAAUCUAUCAAAAUGAGGGUGGUCCCAAUAAGGAGGGAUUUUUCAAAUUGACUGUGUGUUGCUUUUAAAAGUGCUCCCCCUCUGGUCAACAUGUGAAAUGACAAGUGUGUGUAAAAAAUUUGAAAUGCGCCCCCUUUGACCGAAAUUAAUAAAAAAUAAAAUGUAUAUAGAGACAUACUGUAAUAACUUAAAAGUAAAUAAUGAAGAUUAAAAAUAAAUUACAAACAAAAAAAAUACUAAAAAUAAAUUCACUAAAAGCAGUCUUUUUCUCACAAUGUGUUGACUUUUUUUUCUUAUAAAAUUGGGAACAAUUUCUCACAUGUUUCUGUAACAUUGCAAUAUUUUCUCGUAAAAUUAUUACUUUUUAGUGCACAAUGGUGACAUUUGUCAUAUAAAAUUCUGACUUAUCACAAUAUUGCCAAUUUUUUUGUUGUUCUUGUAAAACUGACAUUUUUUGAGAACAAUUCCGAUUAUUAUUACAAUAUUGCCAACGUUUGAAAGUUUUCUCAUAAAACUGUGACUCAUGUCGAGUAAAAUUUCGACUUUUCAUAAAAUUGGCAACAUUUUAAGCUUUUCUUAUAAAAUUGCGACUGUCAUUGAGUAAAAUUCCAACUUUUAUUAUAACGUUG